AGAAAACUUAGAUAGUGAGAGAGAAGCAGGGACCAGAGAGGAAGUGCCAGCAUGGCUUCUGCUUUCAGACUUCAGUGCCACUGCAUCCUGAUCUUCUUGGCUGCCCUCAAGGGGGAAACCAGAUACCUAGAGGCGAGGGGUGCUGGUGAGGACGAGCCCUUUCUGCUCCUCAGCGCAGACCUGAAGCGGGAAUUGGCAGGCCGGCAGCUCUACCAUCGGGCGCUCAGGUGCAUCGACAUGCUGAGCGUGGAGGGGCAGUUCACCUUCACCGCCGCGCAGCCCCAGCUGCACUGUGCCGCUUUCUUCAUAGGAGACCCCGAGGAGCUCAUCACACUAGACUACGACUUCGUCAAUAUUGACUGCCAAGGGGGAGAUUUCCUGAAGGUAUUUGAUGGCUGGAUACUCAAAGGUGAGAAGUUUCCUAGUUCUUUGGACCAUCCUCUCCCUACUUCAGAAAGAUACAUAGAUUUUUGUGAAAGCGGCAACAUCCGAAGGAGCUUCAGGUCAUCCCAGAAUGUGGCGAUGAUCUUCUUCAGGGUUCAUGAACCUGGGAAUGGAUUUACGUUUACAAUAAAGAAAAAUGCCAACCUCUUCCCUUGCAAUGUCAUCUCUCAGACCCCUACUGGAAGGUUUACCAUGGUAAUUCCUCAUCAGCACAGAAACUGCAGUUUUUCCAUAAUCUAUCCAGUGGUGAUAAAAAUAUCUGACCUUAUACUGGGACAUUUAAAUAGCCUCCAUUUAAAGAAACCAUCAACAGGCUGUGCAGGAGUGGGAGAUUUUGUGGAGCUGUUGGGUGGAACUGGAUUAGACCCCUCCAAGAUGUUCCCUCUAGCUGAUCUGUGCCAAUCCUUUCAUGGUUCUGCUCAAAUGAAGAUUGGCUGUGACAAUACUGUACUACGAAUGGUAUCCAGUGGCAAGCAUAUUAAUCGUGUGUCAUUUGAGUAUCACCAGCUUGACCAAUAUGAAUUGGAAAACAGAAAGGAGAAUAGCAUUGAGGAGUUCUGCUUCCCUGGUAUUUGAGAAACCAUUCAAAGCAUUUUCACGCUGCUAGCAAAAAUAUGGUCUUGGUUGAUAAAAAAAUGUACUUUUAAUUUUAACUAACUAGUAUUAUCAAACUUUCUAUGGCAUAAGCAUCCUUAUCUUUUUCAUAUUAAACAGCUGUUCCCAUGGACCAAUCAGGAAAAAUUACCUAAUGUGUUAAUCUUUCUAUUUAUCAUAAUACUUUUUUUGUGUGCAAUAUUUGGGUUCCUUUAUUGUAUCCAAAAUUAAU